AUGCCCGUCACAUUCCAAACAUCCACCCAAACCCCCUCAAUCUGGAGGCACAACCCCGUCAAAACAGGCGAGGAACUACUCCGCGACUCCUGCCCGGACGAAUUCCCCCGCUGCAAGAAAAUCUUCCACAGCUCCUUCGACAAACACCCACCCAAUCCAACGAGACACAUCACCCCAGAUCCAAACGGCCUAGUAAAUGCACUGUUCCACGCAUACUCCAGCCAUAACCACCUCACUCUCCGUCCAGAUGAUGUCUGGACCUCCAUCCUAACCCAACUAAACUUCUACAUCAACGCGCAUGCCGAUGAACUGCGCAGUUUCUUCGUCGCCCACGAAGACAGGGAAGAACUCAUCGUUGUAGCCGAUGAAGCUGGGACGAUCGUCGAUGUAGAUGUUGGUAAGAUGGCCGUUCAAAUGACGACUCUCAUGCAGAACUUCGUGAUUGAUGAGGAGCUACGGAGUUGGUUUCUGCCUUUGUUUACAACAACGAGUGAGAAUGACAGGAUCGUUGCGGCGGUGAUCAUGAUGGGCACGCUGCAGAAAUACUUCACUUAUGUGAUGGUUACUCGAUGUGGGAUUCCGAGUGUGACGUUGCUUGGAGAACGGAGUGACUGGGUCGAUCUCCUGGCGAAGCUGGAGAAGAUUCAUACAUUCGGCGAAGAACCAAGGUUGUUCGCUUCUUUGCUGAAACCGGUUCUGGAGGCAUUUGUGGCUUCGUUUGAUCAUCCAGAUGCACAGCAGACGAAGGACUUUUGGAGUAAGAGUGUUCAUCAUGAUGCUGGGAGUGGUUACAGCCAUCUGUCUGGGUGGGUUACGGCUUUCUGUUUCUGGGAUAGUGAAGGGAAGUGCCUUUAUAACCGUGAUGGGUUGAAGCUUUCGAAAAAUGUCUUCCCGAGGAUCGAUACGAAGGAUAUUCCUCCGGCUUUUAUCUCUGUGCCGGUGAAGGUCAAGGACUAUGCUGCCGGGCGCUUUUAUGACACUUUUAUGGUGGCGGGGUUGGUUGGUAUCGAGGCAACGUCAACGCCCUCGCCUACUAAGCCGGCCCGAUUGGAGCUCAACACAAUCCGGCCGUACUCUGGAUGGUGGAUGUAUGAGGUGCUCGGAGAGAAGGAAUUGGAGGCAAGGAAACAUUCUCUCCAGCAAGCAGCAGCGACAAGGAGACGUUACUAA